AUGUCUGUCAUCUCACCAUCCCGUGCCAUCUUGGCUCUUAUGCUUGCCGCCGCCGGCUCUGCCGCGUACGUGGAGAAACGCGUUCCCACCUUUUCCGUCAAGUUCUUGGGCAAUGUGACUAGCACCAAUACCGAGACCAUCCGGGAUCUUGGCUUUGCCGGCUGCGUUGGAGACGUCUGCAUCGGCUCGUACGGCGACACGCUGAUCUGCGGCGACGGCUCCGCCAAGGACCGGUACUACCAGACUCCGCCUUGCGUCCUGCUCCACGCCAACUCGGCAGCGUACGCCACCAAGGAUCCGACCAAGAUCACUGAUGUGAAGCUGGAUUCCAGGGGCCUGCCGGAGAUGUUCUGUGGGUACUUCCCCGGUGAAAUCAAGCCGGGUCAGAGCGAGUCACAGUACGGGAUGGGUAUCACGAAUGUGAUUGCUAUGCCCAACUCGAAAACAAAAGGAAUCUUGUACUUUCUGAAGAACUUCAGACCUGAUACCGUCCACGAUGACAUUGUGGGCGGCGGCAUUGCCAUUGUCGACGUCUCGGGGCCCUACCCGACCUGCCAACGUACCGCAGACCACUGGUGGGACGCCCACAAGGAACCCAACUGGGGCGACAAGAGCUCCGCUCUGGGUCCGGAUGGAUACGUCUACGUCUUUGGCGGCGCCAACACAACCCUCUUCUACGACGGCAUCUACGUCGCCCGGGUCCCGCACGGGUCCCAGCAGGAUUUGAGCAAGUACGAGUACUGGAACGGCAAGGCCUACACCUCAGCACGAAUCUACAAUCCUAGUCAGAAAGAGGCUGUGCUGCUGUCAGGCUCGACUGGACAGGGCCAGCUCAUGUGGAACCCGCACCUUCAGCAGUACCUGUACCUCUACACCUCGUACGCCUAUGUUGUUGGCCGCACGGCUCCCAAGCCAGAAGGUCCCUGGAGUGAUCAGUUCACUCUAUACAACGCUCCAGGCUUCCCUUUCAUCUACAGCCCGACCCAGCAAGCGCAAUAUGAUCUGUCCGGGAAGUCUGUGGUUAUUAGCUACACCGCUUACCCCAACAUUCUUCAGGCUAUCAAAGUGGAUAGCAAAGUCAUCACUGCUAUUAUGUGGCUCAUCAACGCCUCCACUCUUGAGCUCGAGGAGUUCAUCGGAACCGAGAUACCCAAGUAUGCCAUCCUAUCACACACAUGGGAGGAGCAAGAGGUGUCCUUCAAGGACAUGCGUUCACGCAGGAAACGAGAAGCAAAGAAGGGCUUUGCGAAAAUCAAGAAGACCUGCAGACUCGCUUUGAAAGACGGCCUGCAAUACGCCUGGGUCGACACCUGCUGCAUCGACAAGAGGAGCAGCGCAGAGCUUUCCGAAGCGAUCAACUCCAUGUUCAUGUGGUACCAGGAGUCGGAGAUAUGCUAUGCGUUUCUGUCAGAUCUUCAGCCGACGUCGUCGCUAGAAGAUGACUUUGCCAGUCGCCGCCGAUGGUUCUCCAGAGGGUGGACUUUGCAGGAGCUUAUCGCGCCUGCAAAGCUGUACUUUUAUGACUCUGGCUGGAAGAACCGCGGUUCCAAGAUGCGACUGGCGGAGAAGAUAGCAACCAUCACAAGGAUAGACAUAUCGGUCCUCGAGCACACAACCGACCUUACUUGCUUGCCAGUGGCAGAGAAGAUGAGCUGGGCAGCUCACAGGCGGACAACGCGGCCAGAGGACCUUGCAUAUUGUCUGCUUGGAAUCUUCAACAUCAACAUGCCCUUGUUAUACGGCGAAGGGCCAAGGGCUUUUAUUCGGCUGCAAGAGGAGAUCAUCAAGACCAGCAAUGACUUGUCUAUUUUCGCAUGGACAGCACCGCUACCCGCAGCUCAGGACAAUGAGCCCCCGGAUGAGAUAGUGUGCAGCGGCGUACUUGCGACAUCCCCAUCUUAUUUCGGCCAUGGCCCGGAGAGGGCAAUACGCGGUCGCUGUCAAUACCACCACCAGCCAAUCUCUGUUACAAGCAUGGGCGUCGCGGUCGACAACAACCACAUUUGGAUUCGAUACGAUCCAGUGCAAGCAGAGCUUUACCUUGGAGUGUUUAUCGGCUGUUUCGACGAACAUGGCAAGCGUCUAUUAACCAAGCUCCGGAGAUUUCACAUCAAUCAGUAUGUCCGAGCAUCUCCGCACCUACUCAUUCGCAAUUGCGGAACCCCACAACCCAUGAAGACGAACCUUCAAUGGAAGUGGAGUCAGAUGAAGCAAACCCAGUACCUUGCCACACAAUUAUCUGGAUCCAAGGGUACGGAGAUUGGUUUAUUGACGCUGUCCGACGUGAUGAAUCGAUGGGGGAGUGUUGUUCGAUUCCGAUACUCGCCUCGCGAGCUAACGAUUCUCACAGCAGAACCUUAUGGUAGGUGGGACGAGGGAAGUUGUACACUCGUGGAUUAUUAUCCUAAUACCUGGGGGCUCCUAAGCUUCGCUCUGAAUGCCGAUGAAAUACUGGGAGAAGAGUACCCGCUGGAAGGUUCGGCACACUUCGCACUCUUUGUACACAGCUGGGAGGAACUGGGAAUCCCCAAGGCCCAAUUUAGGCUGAUUAGUCACCCGGUGUUGACUGCUCUCGCCAGCAGCGGUUUCACAGAUAAGAAUUCGCCAGACGCGAUGCUCCACGAGAUGGACAGACAGGGUAUACAACCGGACUCGAAGAUAGUAUUGGAGAGCUUCCGCCCCGGGCGAGUGUCCGUGACGGUACGCAUGAAGGUUGUGUCCGAUACGGAAUUGCGGCGAUUACCCUACUGGGAAUUUGAGAUCACCCGCCGUGUGUUAUUGUGA